AUGGCGACAGAUCACAUUGGCCGACUGCCCGCGGAGCUGAAAUGCGCAGUCGUGCGCUAUCUGGUCCUCAAGGAUCGGCAAGCGGUCUCGCUCAUAAACAGGGAUUGGGCCGUCGUCGCGAUGCCCAUCAUGUGGGAAACUUUUACCACGGACCUACUCGUCAAGACCGGCCCAGGCUCACGAAAUGUGCGCGGUUUAGCAUCCCCCUCCUCGAACAUCGUCAAGCACGUCCGCAAGAUCAACCUCCUCGACCGACCAAACGCGUUUAAAGAAGCGGACCAACUGCCACAAUUACUCGCUGCUAUCCCUCGCGGACAACUAUGUGGCUUCAAGAGCGGAAGUGGGGUACCUAUCAGCCUCCAUAUCGGUGCUCUCAUCCUCCCUGCGACUUUUGGCACCAUGUUCCAGCGGAUAGACAUCAUUGCUCUUACCGAACUCGUCCUCGAUGGUACCGCACGCGUCGCUAAACUCUUAGAGGCCAUGGGCUCGGACUUCCAGAAGCGAGAACCCUCUUUGAGGAAGCUACGGCUUUCCAAGAAGAAUGAGGGAGAGUCAAAUCAGACCAAAUCGCAACUACAGCUGUUCCUGCUCUCCUUCCAGGGACUACGCCAGCUACACUUCGAGUGCAACGACUGCACCAAGAUCGAUGUGGAUGCCAUUAGCAACCACGGAGAGACACUCACUGAUCUACUCGUCGUCAAUGGAGGUAUGCAUCGGCAAGAUGCGACUAAAUGUAUGAGCGCGGAAGAUCUGCGGAAGGUCGCGACCGCAUGUCCGAAUCUAGAGCAACUAUGCCUCAACAUAUACGAGAUCGAUCCAGAUACCCCCGAGGGCGACUUCCUUAGCCCGAAAAGUGCCACACUUUCAGACUCAACUGAGUUCGAAAAUGCUUUGAGCGCUAUUGCCAGCAUGAAAGCGCUACGGCUACUACGCUUGACGAACCCGCCCAACUAUCGCAAAGCCUAUCACCGCCAAGGAGAGUUCAUGCGCUUCUUCCGCCGAUCACUUGAGAGCGGAGAGCAACGCUACGCGUUCCAAGCUCGAGCGGACAGUAUCGUACGAUACAUGGGUGACCGUGGCUCGAACAUCAAGCUCCUCGCAUUCUCUCCCAUUGGAUUGCUGACAAAAGCUACCUCAGCAGACAAGAACGGUCAUGUUUGGCCCAACUACUUCUACUCCUGCGAGCGGAUGAAGGGAAAUCGAGGUACGGGGGUCUCAAUCGCGAGGGCGGUGAAGGACUGGAAGGCAGAGAUGCCGGAGGCUACUAUACUAAACGAGGUAUGA